AUGCUCGGGCAUGUCGUUGCAAUGUACUCGAAAACUGGUGGGAAGAACAGGAAACACAGUGCAAUCACGGAAUCGUCGACCAUCCCAGCAGUUUCGUACCUUGGUGUCCAGCUCUUCCAGUACCGCAUGGCCCGACAGUUCCGUUCAGUGCCUGAUGCGACUGCGAUUUUGACGCACAAUUGGCUGCGUCUUUCAUUGAAGUAA